ACAGAAAAAAAGAAACCAUUCGCGCUGAACACUAUCGCGCUGAUCCAAUUCAUCACGUACGGCGCCAUUAUCGUACCGCCCAAUUUCUCCUGGCAGAGAUACAUCGAGCUCGGUUCCCGGGGUUCCCCAGCUGGAAGAGAAAUGCUAGCAACAAUGCGCCUGACCCGGAUGACCUCCUGCCUGCGAAGGAGAAGCCGUUCAAGCCGAAACAGCAGAGAUCCGGGAUGUGGAACUUUGCUGUAAAGUUCCUCUUGGAUCAAACCAUCGCCGGGGUGUGUAACAUUCUCUUGUUCAUCGUGUUGAUCAACUUGUUGAAGGGGAUGGGUUUGGGGAGGGUGUGGGAGUUGGUUUGUGAGGAUUUUGGCCCCAUCAUGAUGGCUCGUUUGAAGUUUCGGCCUAUCGUGUCGGCGCUUAUGUAUACUGUUAUUCCUGUGGACCGGCGAGUGGUGUUCGGGAGCGCCUGUGGAGUUAUCUGGGGGAUUUAUUUGAGCCUUUAUGCCGUUGUUUGAAAUGUCUCGUACUGCCUUUAGAUUCUGCGUCGUUAGCACUAGGGUAAAU